AUAAAGGAGGGACCUGCAGGUUGGGAGGAGGCUGACUUGGGGACCAUGGAGACCCAGAGGGACCGCACCUCCCUGGAGCGGUGGUCACUGUUGCUAGUGCUGCUGGGCCUGGUGAUCACUCCAGCCACAUCCCGGACCCUUAGCUACAGGGAGGCUGUGCUCCGUGUUGUGGAUAGCUUAAACCAGCGGUCCUCAGAGGAGAAUCUCUACCGUCUCCUGAAGCUGGACUCAGAGCCCCAGGGAGACGAGGACCCGAACAUCCCAAAGCCUGUGAGCUUCACCGUGAAGGAGACUGUGUGUCCCAAGACAACACAGCAGCCCCUGGAGCAGUGUGAUUUCAAGGACGAUGGGCCGGUGAAACAGUGUGAUGGGACAGUCAUCCUGGACUCGGACAGAAGACACUUUGACAUCAACUGUGAUGAGGUCAUGGAAAUCAGAUUUGGCCGGCUGCGUGAUCUCAUCAGGAGAGGGAGGCAGAAGAUUGCUGAAAAGAUUCAGAGAAUUGGCCAGCAAAUCAAUAACAUUUUUAGGAAACUUCAGGCCAAGAAAGAGUCCUAAGGGUCUGCUUUGCCCUGGUUCAGGCUUCUGGACCCUGAAAAAUAAAGUUUUGUGAAAGCAACUUC